CAUUAGCUGUUUGAGGUCAAGGGGCGUUUUGCUGGAAAGGUCCGAUAGCCUCAGACAUGGAUUUCAAGGUUGCGUUUUCAGCCUUGGAGGCCAUGUGUGAAGAAAAUAUUUCUGCUUUUUGUGGACCUUCUGAUCUCGCCGACGGCACUGUUACCCAACGCUUGGUGGUUUGCAUGAAACAGAUUCAAGAACACGGUCGAGCCCUUGAGCCUAUGGUCACCAGCUUCACUGCCAUCUGCCACCAUUAUGACUUUGACGCGCAAACACCUGGAAAUGGGUAUCGCACCCUGAUCAAGGUGUUGCAGUCAUGUCUUUUGCACAUCCUACACAAGGGUCACUACAUUGCCUCAAAUCACAAGAGCACCUUCUUCAGAGCGUACCACAAUGCCUCAGAGAUGGAGGCCUACUGCACCGCCCUGUGCCAGCUGCGAGCGCUGCUCUACCUCGCCAAGCGGCUAAUCAAUGACAACGGUUUUGGCCAGCUGUACUCACUACAGGAUCUCGACCUGAGCCACAGAUAUGUGCAAGAAUACAGCUCACUGCACAAAGCCUGUUUCUAUGGCCGGUGUCUGGGCUUUCAGUUCUCACCAAGUCUUCGUCCGUUCCUCCAGACUAUUGUCAUAAGCAUGAUCUCUUAUGGUGAGACUUAUGGUAAACAGCAGUCUGGGCUGGGUUUGGCAGCCCUGUCUCUCCUCACAUCAGGAAAGUACGUCAUUGAUCCAGAGUUGCGUGGUGCAGAAUUCGAACGCAUUACUCAGAACCUGGACAUGCAAUUUUGGAAGUCCUUCUGGAACAUCACAGAGUCUGAGAUUUUAACAGGCUUCAGUAGAAUAGCUUCCUACCCCGUACAGUUGAACCUCACUCUUACGAUACCUCCUGUCCCAUUACGCCUCCCCCUGGCAUCGGACCCGAAUCUGUCUGCUACUGUGUCACCUCCACUGGCCCACUGGGGUCCUGGGCCAGUCCACAUGCGUCUGAUCUCCCACGAGAUUCGUGAAGGACAGGACAGUGAGGAGCUCCUGGCUUUUUCUCGUGGCGAUCCGUCCUCUGUCUCUGCAUCCAAUCUCCCGUGGGUGCAGAAGCAACCCCUAUCCCCGUGGUUGCUCAUUCACUUCCACGGAGGAGGCUUUGUGGCCCAGACUUCCAGAUCACAUGAGAAUUAUCUGCGAAGCUGGUCGAAGCAGUUGAAUGUUCCUGUCCUCUCUGUUGACUACUCUCUGUCACCUGAAGCGCCCUUUCCUCGAGCUCUUGAGGAAUGUUUUUACGCUUACUGCUGGGCCUUGAAAAACUGCCAUCUGCUUGGUUCGACAGCAGACCGUGUCUCUCUGGCAGGAGACAGCGCUGGGGGCAACCUCUGCAUUACUGUGUCCAUGAAGGCCAUGACGUGUGGUAUCCGAGUCCCUGACGGCAUUAUGGCCGCCUACCCUGCCACCUUGCUCACCACGGACGCCUCGCCCUCUCGCUUGCUCACACUCAUUGACCCACUGUUACCUUUGGGUGUCCUUGCAAAGUGCCUCAAUGCCUAUGCAGGUGUGGACUCUCAGACUGUACAGCCUGCUGUGGGAGGCAACAGUCUGACGGCACUGGGCAGGGAAACUACCGCACUGCUCAGUGAUCUCACUCAGGGAGCAACCAGCUGGAUCCAGUCCUUUCUGCAGCCCAUGUGGCCCACAAGUGGAGCCGGCUCACGAACAUCAAGACACAAAGAGUCCCCAAACAUGGACACACACAGGAAUUUAAGCCAUUCCUCACCUCCAAUCUCCCAAUGUCAUCUGGAUUACCCAGUGGGCUUUGAGCCCCUGCGCUCCGAAUGCCUUGCAGUUGUUCAGCCGACCUCCUCCCCUAUCAUCAGGAACCCGUUUGUGUCACCGCUGCUGGCGCCUGACAGCCUUCUUCGAGGCCUGCCGCCUGUUCACCUAGUGGCCCCUGCUCUUGAUGCUUUACUGGAUGACUCUGUGAUGUUUGCCAAGAAGCUGCGAGACAUGGGCCAGCCUGUAAGCUUGACGGUGGUGGAGGACCUUCCGCACGGCUUCCUCAGCCUUUCGCAGCUCUGCAAAGAGACAGAGGUUGCUGCAGAAAUCUGCUUGGAGAAAAUAAGGGAGAUUUUUCAGGAAGGAAGCACCAAAAACUGUUCUGACAGAGCUAGAAGAGAUUAAUCACACUUUGAUUCAUCAAUGGUAUUUUGUAGGAGUGUUUCAUAAGUGGGAAAAGAAGCAAUCUACAGUUUUUGGGGAAAGUGAAAUUUAAAUCCAUACCGAAUAGUGUCUUCUGUCGGAGUCACAGAAAAAUCCACUUAAAUUCAAAAAAUAUAUAUAUCUCAUUAGUUUUAUUAUCAUCAGUGGCAACACAAUUUGUUGUGUUUCCCCAAUCUUUGUUUAAAAAAAGAAUUGCAGAUGGGGUUAAAUAGUGCACAAAACGUGCAGUUGAUGGAGUUCACGUGCCUUUAAGCUGUCUAGUGUAUGUACAUUACUGUAAUAAGACACUAGGUUUCCGAACAUUCCAAGAUUAAUGGAUCACACACAAAACGCUUUACAGUUCCACCAUUUCAUUAUAUGUGAAUACUACUGUGGCCUUCACCUUGUGUUGCUCAAAGUAUCCCGCGGGGAAUUUACUUGGUGUUAAUAUUUCUUAAUAAUAUUUAUUACAGUGUAAUAUUUAAAGCCUUAUUAAAUCAAAAAUGCAAUAGUGUUGGACUGUUGGGUCUUAUGUGUGCUCAUGGGGACUUUUUAAGAUCACAAGGAUGUAUAUGAACUGCUGCGUUUUCCUGCCCCUCAACUGCAGUUUAGCGCCAGUUUGAGAUGUUUUAUAGGUGUCCCACUGCUCCAACACGUAACAGUUUUUGUCACAGCACCUGUUCUUGACAAACCACGCAGUGAAAGGCCUGCUAAUACCACCACUGAUGAAAACACCAAACUCCUAGAGCACGUGUUCUUGCGCAUCAUAAUCUUCCGUUUGAAGCCUUUGAACAAUCUGAAGCUGCUAUAGGUGAAGCUCAAUCUCUGAAGUAUCCACUGUAUUGAUUUUUGGUGGUUCGCCAAGAACCAAUCCUGUAUCGAGAAACUUGCCAUGGAUAACGUAAAUUGUAUUAUCCGUUGGAACAGUGUGAGAGCCAUAGCGCUUCUCAAACUGCCGCUGCACUGCAGUUAGGGACUGAAAAACUUUUGGCUAGUCAACAAUUUAGCAACACUGCUCCAGUGUUAAUUGGCAAGCCACGUGCAUGUAAAUGACAUGCAAAACAGAAAAAGGAAAAUGUAUAGUGACUUUUGGGACAACCUGUAUUUGUGGAAAACAACAUUAAAAACAUUAGUCAUAUACUGUUAGAGCUCAUCUAUUAAUAGAAGUCCUUAUGUAUAGGGACUUUUGGGACACCUUAUGUAUUUUUUUUAAUAAUGAAAUUACAUCCUCUGAGAAUUUCACACCGUUCAACACAUUUCAAAUUCAGGAAACUGGAAUGAAUGACGUCAAUGACAGGAAUAACUACAUUUUACAUGUAUUUGAAGUACUGUCGUUUUUAGUAUUGUCUGAUAUCUAUGUUCCAUCUUUAUGUUGCUUCAAAGAUUAAAAAACAAAAUAAAUAAUUGUUGCUGACCGGCAAUAU